AUGGCUGCAAUGUUUUCAACUCUAUUGCUUUUCAUCUACAGCACCGUCUUCUUUCAGUGCACUGUUCGGGCUAGUUGUGAACCAGAAUAUGCAUUCUAUCCACCAAGCUACUCCCAAGACACGCUGACAGAUACAUUUCUCGACAUCCAAGAAUCCCUGAAUGCAUUGAUCGCCCAGCAAGAAGCAAUCAACGAUACCUCACUCGCCAUCCAAAUCGCCUCUUCCAAGGAGACGCUUUUCCAGUUCUAUCACACAUCGCUGAAGGCCGAAGAAAACAGCCCAGCAAAUAUAAUAAACGGUUCGACCGUAUUUCGGAUCGAAAGCAACACGAAACUCUUUGUUGCACUUGCAAUACUGCAGCAAGAAGCAAAGGGACAUCUGAACCUGGAUGAUUCAGUCUUACACUACCUGCAGGACCUCGAUGAUGACAAGAGCUCUUUUGACUUUGAAAAGAUUACUAUCAGGUCUUUGCUAUCACAUACAAGUGGUCUUCCCGACACCCCCGCUGAUGAUGACUUGCUGGUAUCGCUUUCAGAUCCCACAGUGUACGGACUACCUCCUGUCUCAAACAAGAGGAUCAACUCUCUCCCUCAAUGUGACGCCUUCAGCAAUUACACAGUACCAUGUACCGAGCAAGACCUCCUCCGAAUUCUGCCACAAUAUGGCCCUGUCCUCCCUCCUCACGUCGUGGCAUCUUACAGUAACAUCGGCUUCGAUCUACUCGGUCUUGUACUUUCGAAUGUCACCAACAUGUCCUACCAGGACUACAUCUCAUCCUCAAUUACCCGCCCUCUUGGUCUGAACAACACUUCCUUUACCCCUCCGGCUCAAAGUGCAGCGAAACUUCCCUAUCCGAGCGCCUGGGGUGAGGUCCCGGGUGUUGAUGGCGCCGCUGGCGGACUCUACUCUUCCCCCACCGACAUGACGACCUUCCUCCAGCACUGUCUCCUCGCCCACAACAGCAUAACUCCGUCUCUAGACUGGUUCUUCCCCAUGGCCUAUUCCGUGGGUUCACACUCCUUCUUCGGCUUUCCCUGGGAGAUUUUCCGCACGUCUGGUAUCCUCCCCGACAGUGAGAGGCUCAUGACAUUCAUCACGAAAGGAGGUGGAGGAACCGAAUAUUACAGCUACAGCAUCAUCAUCCCGGCAUAUGACCUCGUGGUCUUCCUUGUCCUCGCCGGCGAGCUUCCGGCAUUGAACGCUGUCUUCGCUGCAGUCCGCGACAGGCUUGUCAUCGGCGCAGAACGUGUUGCCCAACAAACCCUCCAAUCGACCUACGCGGGGACCUAUUCCGCCUCUCCGUCCUCUUGCACGUCCACCCUCUGCGCCCAAAACCCACAGGGUAUCAAUUCCUCUCUCACAAUAGCCCUCUCCCCUUCUCGCUCCCUGUAUAUAUCCUCCUUCAUUUCAAACUCCACCGACACUUUGCAAGCCCUCCUGGCCGUUGCCGGUGCGCAGAGCGGACAAACAGGAACCGUGUAUUUCUCAUUUACACCUAUGUUCCGCACCCUCACCGCCUCGGACCCCGCCGACGACAAUCAGACACGGACGGGGGAAGUAUGGCGCUUUAUCAACGUCAUCGACGACACCGGUUCCGGUAACGCGACGAACGCGACCAACGUAUGGGACGAUUACUGUGUGUCUAACCUCGAUCCAUUGAGGUACGGCGGUGUAAGCGUGAAUGAAGUCAUUUUCUGGCGCGGAACGGGUAGUGCAAGUGCAAAUGUUGAGGAGAUCCAAAUCCCUGCAUUUCAAGUCGUUUUAGGCAAAGAAAAGAGCGGCUGA